UCAUUUCCUGGUCAUUUGAGUGGUCAGUCUCGGACCAAACAGUGCCUUUCUUUGCACAGGUGUGAUGAAGGAUUGUUGGAGUGAAGUUUGGAGAUAUAUAUUUACCUGUGUGAUGUUCAGUGAGGUGGAACAUACGUAAUAUAUUUAUAUAUAUACUGGAGACGUGUGUAUAUGUGCAUUACUAGUUAUACACUAUGACAGUGUGUUGUAUUCUAUAAAGGACCACAUUGGAGGUUUUCUUGGGAUAUUAACUAAUUAGGACCUCAAUACAGGACAUAUGUAUAGGAGGCCGGACCACUCCACGGACCUCUCCACGGAAUAGCUAGGUGGCAGGAGGUGUACAGUGGUUCUGCUGCAGUGUUUUCAUCCACCAGGGAAGAAUCCCCAACUCUGAACUCCACUAUGAAACUAUCCUAGGAGCCUGUCACCCCACAAUACUGCCAUGACAACCAUGGAGCGGACAGACAGAAUGCUUUACAUAUCGGAGUCUCCAGCAGAUAGGAGUUUUGACAGCAAGAUGACCAGUUACAACCAGCAGUCUACAAUAACUGAAGUCCAUGUCAUCGGGUCGGACACAAACAAUGUCCCUGUUAAUCGAGUGUGGGGCCCUCCAACAGAAACGGCAACGGCAGAGAUACGCCAUGUCAACGUGAACAUGGAUGCCAAUCAUAACGUAAAACCUUCUGAGUUCCUGCAGAGGACUAAUCAUUCGUCUUUGUCUUCAACUUCGUCCCUGCCACCUCAAACUUCGAUGAAAUCAUACUCCUCUGUGUCGUCCUCAGCCUCACUCCCACAUACGACCACUCAGCUUCGGCGGAAUCAGUCGGAAAGUGCAGCGGCAGAAAUGCGUCCCGAAGUGGGGAGAGAACGUGCCACUGCACAAAUGCGAGGGGCAGGAAUGGAAAAUAUGACGGCUCAGAUGUGGGGGACAGAGAGCAUGCAUGCUGAAUACAGAGACACAGGGCAUGCUACAGUCAGCACAGAGGUCAAACAUAGAGAAAAUGGCCAGAAGAAAGUGACCAUUUCAGAAAACGGUCAGUGCACAUGUUGUCCCUAUGGUUACCAUAUAGACCUGGACUUUGUCAACUACUGUGACAGUUUGAAUGAUCCUGCCUAUUUGAAAAAGCUAAAAAGAUUACAACGAGAAAAGCGUAAACUUCGUAAAUCUAUGGAAGUCUAUCUCCAACAGCAGGAGAAUCCUGACAGUCAACAAACCGAGACGGUGGAAAAGAUAAGCCUUGUGCCUCUCAACCAACAAAGUGCACCGGCCAAUCAGGUACUGGACGAAAUAGACUCCUCUGUAGAUGCCACAUUGGCAUCAAUCAACACUAUGAUGUAUACAUCUGCUCAUGGUCGACUCAUGAGCUCAGAGAGUGAGGGUACAUCUAGCUCCUCAAGCCCACAAAAUACAGAAAAGUUCAACACAUUUCCACGUAAUCGAGGCAGAAACAUGCAGGAAGAAAUAAACCAAUUUAAUACAUCUUUUGAAAUGCAAAGAGGAAGAACUGAUUCCCAGAGUUCAUUAUCUUCUAUUUCGACAAUUGCCAGUGAAAGAAAUUUUCCAACGCAAAGUGUAUCGACAUAUAACCACACAGGAGCCAACAACAGCUACGGCCAAAGUACUGUCACUACAGAAACGAGCUACUCCCGCUUCACACACAUCACAUCGGAACAGUUGGCAGCUACCAUGGCAACACAUUUACCAACCCCAGAGGAUGGUGCUGCUUCCUCUCAGUCUACAACAACAAGCAUAAGUAAGUCCUCACUACACGAGGUGCGUGAAGUGAUGGCCAUGAGUCUACAGAGAAUGAGGGAACUUGAGGAACAACUGAAGGCCAUCCCAGUCUUACAAGUACGUAUCUCAGUCCUCAAGGAGGAGAAGCGCCUCCUCAUGUUGCAGCAGAAAGCUCGCGAGUCAAAGAUGAACAUGCGCUCAAUUGGUGUAGGAGGCUGUCCUGUGGAGGAGGUAAUUAAACCCUGUUGCGUCCCAACGGUAAAGACGCCACCCCCAGUGAUGCCGAAGCCCAGACUAAAAUCUAAGGCUGUUGGGGACAACAAUGUAAUGGUGCCAUAUCUUGUUCAGCCUGAGUUACCGCCAAGCUACACAGUCAGGGAUAAUGAAACCUUUAUACAGGAAACGUAUGUGUUGGAGAGAGAACGGGGCAACACAGCACUCUACUCGCCCUUCUCCAGAGCACCGAAACCUCUCACCCGGACUAUAGGCAUUGGUGAUGCAAAUGUGCUUGAUGAUGGUUUGAAGAUACAUGAAAAAGAACUAAGAACUGUGAUUAUAGGCGAAGCAAAGUCUGUAGGGAAGCGCCACGUUGGUGUAGAUUGUCGUGUGUCGACAAGAGAUGUUGGAGUGUCUAUUGCAAUUGAUGAGGAGAAGCCUUCGACACGUACGGUUGGUGUGAAUGUUGAUACAGGCUCCUUACUCACCUCGCUAAGCUUUAAGGCUGAUGAGAUGAGGAGUGCACUGAGGGAAGUACUACACAAAAAUGUGCGGAGUAUUGGUGUCAAUUGUGACUAUAGGGCUCAGACAAUGGAAAGAGGGGUACAGUUUUCUGAAUAUUCACUACGAACUGUAGGCGUUGGUGACUAUGAUGUGGAUAUAGAAUUACGUGCUCCUGUACCUACAAGAACAGUUGGAGUUGAGGCUCAACCUCAUGUCAUAAACAAAGCUGUAAACACUGACUAUGGUUGGAAGCUUGAUGCAAGCACCAACACAAUGAAACAUUACCAGGAAAGUAGGUCAACCAUGACAGACCGGGCGAGACUGGGUAGUGCAGCGACCAUGACAGAAGCUGACAAAAUGUACUCUGGUGGCACACAAACAGAUGUAAUGAUGUUCAUGAGGAUGGAUCAACUGAAAAACGCGGGAUGUAAUACAAAACGAAAAACCACUUACAGUGACAGCGUCCAAACGGAUCUGAGUGAAGUUGUGUCGGAGGAUUAUGAGCUGGAGGUAGUUUCGAAAAGCAGGCGGCCAAUUAAAGCUAAUUCAUGGACAAAUACAGAUGCUGAGCCUCGGAAAUAUAGCACAUCCAUGAAUACAGAGGAACCCAGAAAAUAUAGUAAAUCUAUUAACACUGACGCAGUGAGAACUAGAGACAUGGGAUGCAGUGAUGAUAAAGUAGAUUCAUUUGUGUGUUCAUUUAACGAUGAGGAACGAAUGGAGGAGACAACAGAAGAGAUUGUUACCUGGACAACAGAACAGGAGGUCCAGAGUGACUGGACAGGUCAAACCAGGGGUCAAACCAUUGAACGUCACUGGGAUGCAUCCCUGGACGAUAGCAAGAUGAAGACGUCUAAAGAGACUGUCGAGGUACCUGAAUCUUCACUAGUUGUUGUGUCACAAAAGGCUACUAACUUGAUGGCAGCUACCCCGAAGUACAAGGACGAAAUGUCAUCAGAGACAUGGGAGGAUGAGCGGAAUAUUCGUGAGCGAGUCACACAGGUGAGCUCAGACCAACAGAGCUGGAAAGAGGUUGAUCGCAGUCAAGAAGUAGUGGAGAAAAAGAUCACUAGCCAAGGCGGCGACACCUACACUGUUACCACCAUCACACGCAAGACUCUAGGUGAACCAGAUGGAGAGAUGACCAUGCAGGGUGGUAAAGCCAAUGUCAAAAGUAUCAAAAGUGGAGGCAACAUUGAGGUUACAAAGAUCACAUCUUCUGGCAGUAGCAGUGGUGGUGGCAGUGGCAGUGGCAGUGGCAGUGGGAUGGUGGAUUAUCUGGAGGUCUACGAACAGUUACCACAGUUACACAAAGCACAGGUGGGUCAGGAGGUGGCAGACAAGUGGUGGAAGAAAAGUCAAUGGCUGCUUCUAAUGAAGGCUGAGCUUGAUCUACUAGGAAGAUCAGGUGGGUCCUCAUCAAUGAUGAUGCAAGGGGGGUCCGGAGGAUCGAUAGGAUCAUCAGUAAUGAUAUCCUCCUCCAGUAGUGGUGUGUCUGGAAUGACCUCCAGUAGUGGUCAGUCUGGUUCAGAUCUCAGUCUGAGUGGUCAGUCUUCGACUAGCACCAGCAGCGACACAAAUGAGGAAGAGGAGGUAACCGAGUCUCUAGAGAUCAGGACGUACCGGACCUCUGAGUUUUCACCAGGGGGUAUGAGCUACUAUGAGCAAUAUAUCAGUUCUGGGGACGGUGGAGACGGUGGUGUCACCAUUAUCAAUUCACACGCUGUUGAUUCCACUGAUGGCAACAACAAGUCUUUGAAAUCAUGUAUGAAGAAAAGCAGGUCGGAUACACAAAUAAAGAGGGGUAUUACUUUCGCUGAAAAUGUGGUUGGCGGUUAUACAUCUAGUAGUGCUGGUGAUGACAGUUCGGAGGAUGGGGAAUCUGACAGCGAGUCCACAACAAGCUAUGAGGAGGGAUCGUAUGACGGGCGAGAGGGAAGCAUUGUGUACCAGUGUAAAGAUGAUGAGGCUAUAGCACAGGGCAUUCCUGGGGCCAAGAUGUUUGACCAGAACAUUCGGGAAACGUUUGAGAUGAGUAAAGAAAUGCUGACAUCCUCCUCUGUACUGGCCAAGUACUUGGAGGACUCAACAGAGGUCCAGACCAAGGAACUGAAUGCUAGCCUCAGUGUGAUUCAGAAAGAAUGGUUUGGCAUCUCUAGCCAGAAGUUGUCGGAGCCCCAUCAGGUAGAGGACUACCUGUCCAGCUUCAACGAGAUUUCUCGGCGUCUUCUCGAGUAUAUUGUCAACAUGCAGGACUCUAAUGGAAACACUGCCAUACACUAUGCCGUGUCGCAUUGUAAUUUCGAGAUAGUGAACCUGCUGUUGGAUACAGGGAAAGUGGACCUAGACAAACAGAACAAAGCUGGCUACACACCCACCAUGCUGGCUACGCUGGCCUACCCCCAAACCGAGCGUCAGCAGGAAGUUGUCCAUCGACUCUUCACCAUGGGCAACAUCAAUGCCCGUGCUUCCAAGGAUGGACAGACAGCCCUCAUGUUAGCGGUGAGCCAAGGCCGUACCGAGAUGGUCAAGCUGCUUCUACAAAACGGGGCAAAUGUAAACGCCCAGGACAAUGAAGGGUCGACUGCCAUGAUGGUUGGAUGUGAGCAUGGGUAUACGGAGAUUGUCAAGUUACUGAUGGCGCAGGCUGAUUAUGACCCCUCUUUGGCAGACAACGAUGGGAGUACCCCCCUGUCGAUAUCCAUGGAGGCAGGCCACAAAGACAUAGGAGUCCUAUUAUAUGCACAACUUAACUUUAAACGACAGGCACAGGCUUCUCCAGGUCUGACCAGGAGCAGAAAAACUUCUCAUAAUACUUCUCCACUAGCCAGUCCAUCUUCUGUUCGGUAGCACACGAGACAGUGUAUAUAGUAUAAUAUACUUCAAAUGGACAUACUGACUAACAUCUGUGAUGUGAUGCAUGCUGCAGUUACCUCCCCUUGUCACCAAGGCCAUAUCCCUUCUCUACAGAUGGAGAUUUUCGGUGACCAUGGAGAUUGCCAUGCAUUAUGCAAAUGAGGAUAUAUGAUGUGUCAUUAAGUUCUCCAAACAGAGGAUGUUAAGAGUAAUUUGUAAACUUUUUAAUAUGCACACGUCAUUUUUCUAAAUCCUUAUAAUACCAAGGUUUUGUGACAGAACCUCUGAGGACUGUACUAUGUUGUUCAGCUGUGAUCUGGACAUCUUCAGCUUUAAUGAGAGGGAUAACUGUGAUCUGGACAUAUAGCAUUGCGGACUGUGCUGUGAUGUUUGGCUAAAAUGAAGGGAGAUAACUGUUUUGUGAUCUGGACAUCUUCAGCUUUAACAAGGGGGAUAACUCUUGACAUAUAAAAUUGUGGACUGUGCUGUGAUGUUCAUCUUUAAUUAAGGGGGAUAACUCUGUUGUGAUCUGGACAUCUUCAGCUUUAACAAGGGGGGUAAUUCUGGACAUAUCACAUUGUGGACUCAUGUGCUGUGAGGUUCAGCUUUAAUGAAGGGGGAUAACCCUAUGGUCAUCGUGAUCUGGAAAUUCAGUUUUAAUGAGGUGGGGAUAACUCCGCUGUGAUCAGGAUAUCUAACAUAUGAGUUCUUAUGUAUGACGGGACCUUCUGUUUAAGGUGUAUUUGUACAAAAUAUUUCCUGAUCUGUUGCAAUGGUGAAAUGCGAAACUUGAUGAUCUGGAUCACCAAAAUGUUUCUCCUAUAUAUGAUUAACAAUAUAAAACAUAAAACAUUGAUAGAUGGAGAUUCGUUGAUGUGGAAUAGACUGGUGAUAUUUUACCAAUAUAAAAUGAUAUUGUCACAAUAAAAAGGUGCUAUUUUUCUAUAUAUGGUGGACCCCUGGCUAUGUACAGUUGUUAAUAAACUUAUAAUAUAGUGUCCAGGUUUGCAUUUACAUUGUGUAUAUAUACAUGUAGUGACAAUUAUCUAUGGCUAUAGAGGAAAAUAAAUGGCCAUCUUCUGUAAGAAUAUAUUAUUUUUAAACAAUAUGCAGAAAAUCUGUUCUUGUACCAUAUUUAUGUAUUAAAUGUGCUGUGAUUGUGUUGUGAAUAUGUCAAAAGUUCAGAUAGAUUCCAUCUUAAACUGGAUCAUUCCCAUUAGUGUUGAGGAGAAUUGAGCUAGCCCCGUUUUCCUUCCACUUUUAACAGUAGUUGAUUAGACAAAUCUAGUUUGUAAAAACAAUAAGUUUGCCGAUUCUUUUUCUUUCAGUUAUCAAUAAAUGCAAAUUUUGUUCUAGAUUAGUUUUGGAAAGUAAAUUUGAUGUUUAUUAUAUUGCAAUGUAAUACUUGUUUUUAAUUUGACAAAGAUUUACAAAGUUUUCUUGUUUAUUCAUUCCUACCUCUACAGUUACUAUGUAUACUGUACUGAUCCAGAUAAUACUCGAAUUAGAUACCCCUUAAUAUGUGUGUCACUCAAUCUGGAACGCAAAUUAUUGUUGAAAGUAAUAGUAUGCAAUUUCAAAUUCAAAAGAUCUGUUUAGUUAAAAACACACCAUGCAACCUUGCAUCUUUGUAAAUAUACUGUCAACAUUCCAGCAUAUUGGUCUCCACAUUCUUUACACUAAUGCUUCAGACUUGUUAGACAACUACUGUAGUCUACAUAACUGGUUUGAUGCUGUUGGUAUAGGAAUGAGAGCCUGAUAUGAUUACCUGUAUGGUAUAAAGGUUCACCAUUUUGAGUGAAAGCCAAGGUACAGUUAGGGGUGGUCUGAACUCCUUUGGAUGGCAGAUACCUUUGUAAUGGGAUACAGGUGGAAACUGUCUGAAUUGCUAGGGUUGGCCAAUACCUCUGAAUGAACUUCGGGGUUCAGUGGGGAUGGUCUGAACAGCUAGGUUUGGCCAAUACCUCUGAAUGAACUUCGGGGUUCAGUGGGGAUGGUCUGAACAGCUAGGGGUGGCCAUUACCUCUGAAUGAACUGUAGGGUUCAGUGGGGAUGGUCUGAACAGCUAGGGUUGGCCAAUACCUCUGAAUGAACUGUAGGGUUCAGUGGGGAUGGUCUGAACAGCUAGGGUUGGCCAUUACCUCUGAAUGAGUGGGGGAUAUCCAGUUAUUUUAUGUGAAUUUUUUUUAUGUCUGGUUUGUUGUUUGCAUGUUUUAUUUUUCAUAAUAUGAGAAAAAGGUGAAUAUAAUGAAAUACACACAAGGCAGAAUACACCUGAUCUCUUGAUCCUUAUCAUGUAUCUAUCGCUAUUCAUCUGUUUAUUAAUUUCUUAUCAAGACUGCAGAUUUGAAAUUACAGACAAACCAUUGAACAAAAUUUCAACAAACGCUGUUUUAAUCAUUUCAUAUAUCAAGUUUUUGUUUUAUAUUAUUAUUUCUUGCCUGCAUUUUAAGUGCUUUUUAAAAUAAAGAGUUUGCUUAUACUUCAUAUGUAAUUAUAAAAGUUAUCAUUCGAGUACCCCGCAAUUCUGACUGCUUGUAAGCAUAUACUCCGACUGGGAGGAGCUAAAAAGGUGAUGUAAUAUAGACAACACUACUGAACAGCUUAAUCUGAUAAAAGUAAAAUGGAUCAGAUCAGAGUCUAAAUUGUAAACAAAACUGGACAUAAAUUUGGAGAUGGAGUAAUAGAUGGUCCCAUGUUCUAAUCCUGCUUUUGAUGAAUAUUUUAGCUAAAGCUACAAAAUUAAAGGACCUAUAACUAAAAUGGUUAUUUCAGUUUAGAAACAUUUGAGAUGUUACCUUUGAUUCUGUAACAUAAACAUCCUGGUAUAAAGGUAUUAUAAGUACAAAAAAAUCAUAUAUCCCUGAAAGUUCAACAUAGUGAAGCGCAUUUUAUAAAAUAACUUUGCAGUAUGUAAACAAUGUAUAUCUGUGAUACGCAUAUUUAUAAUAUCUAAAUGUAUAUUUAAGCAAACUAGCAGACCAGUCUUCUUCAAAAACUUCCUAGAUAGCAAAAAACCCACAAUAAACAAUUAGUGUUUUAAAUGAAGGAAAAUUUUGUACUUGUAAAUUCAGUAUUGAUCUAUAUGAUUAAUGAAAUAAGGUUUGGAAUUUGUACAAUGCUGUUUUAAGAAGGCGAAGGAAAAGACAAGAAUUAUUUUUUGCAAAAUAUUAUUAAGCACUUCAGUUUUAAAUUUAAUAUAAGCAAGUUAGACUCCUUUAUAAUUAAAUUAAAUUACCAAGGUAUGAGACUUUUAUUUUCAAAUUGUCUUUCAAUUCAUAGAUUCUUUUAAGUUACUUUGAAAUAUUGUCAAGUCUGUUGUCAUUCUGUUGUUGGAGUCAUUUUAAGUUUUAUGUGGGAGGUUAAUGUGUUAUGAACCUCGUAUUUCGGGUCGUUCUUGCGUCAUUGGAUGUAAUUGAGCAGAACUUUUGUAAGAAAUUGAUUACAUAUCAUGGUGAAAUAAAUCUGGGCGACUGUGAGCUGUUAA